UUUCCUGUGCGUUACGUUUCGUGCGCGUGUGGGCCUUUACAUAAGCAACCCCAAUCCCCCACUCUUUCCCCUCCCCUCACCCACCGCUCCCGUCUCUCCGCCGCUGCCUUGGAAGAAGAAGAAACCCUCAUCAGCAAACCCAAUCCGGGCCGGGAGCAGUUUCGCCGCCUCCAACCGAUUCCGUCGCGUCCCUACGAAAUCCCACCCGACUCGCAGGAAGGAGCGUGAUGGCCAAUACCAGCUCGUUCAAGCUCGAGCACCCCCUCGAGAAGAGGCAAUCUGAGGCUAACCGGAUCAGAGAGAAGUAUCCUGACAGAAUUCCUGUGAUUGUUGAGAAGGCUGAGAGAAGUGAUAUUCCUGAUAUCGACAAGAAAAAGUACCUCGUCCCUGCUGAUCUUACGGUUGGACAGUUCGUCUACGUUGUUAGGAAGAGAAUCAAGCUCAGUGCUGAGAAGGCUAUCUUCAUCUUUGUGAAGAACACUCUUCCACCAACAGCUGCUCUGAUGUCCUCAAUCUAUGAAGAGAACAAGGACGAGGAUGGGUUCCUCUAUAUGACUUACAGUGGCGAGAACACCUUCGGGCUGCUCUAGAUGGCGCGCCACAGCUCACCUCAAUCGGGUUGGCCCACCCUGGCUUCCCUACUAAUGCCUCCUGUAAAUAAGACCUGCCAAGCAACUGUGUAUAUCCUGGUUUCCACAUUGCAUGUGAUUGCCCUCUAGUACUAAACACCUAUCAGCUGUCCUUGAUAUACAUCGCUUAAACCAAGUAAUUGACAGGCCAUGAAACCUGUUAGUGUGUUACA